GCCAACUAGCCACAGUAUACUUUCCACACAGAUCACUUGCCCAGUGACAGUCGCUCCGCCAAAAUGGUCAAAAUCACCCCAUUCGAAGUCGAACAAUGGAUGGACCGCUAUGAGACCACGCCCGGUGUCAUCAACAUAGCUGAGACUUGUUGCGCCUCCAUUUCUAUCGACGACCUCAUCUCCCUCAAUACCGACAAGUCCGCUUGUUCACCCCUACAACUCUCCAAGAAGCUGACAUACGGCGACAUCCUCGGCUCCGAGAUCCUUCGACAGCGGGUGGCCUCGCUGCUCAACCGGGACCUCAACCAUCACUCUCCGGGCUUGGAACCGCUGAACGCGGAAAAUGUGAUCAUUACACAGGGCGCCAUCGCUGCUAAUUUCCUAACCUUUUAUACGCUGGUUGGACCGGGUGAUCAUGUCAUCUCUGUGUAUCCUACUUAUCAACAACUGUACUCUGUUCCAGAGAGCUUGGGGGCUGAGGUUUCGCUGUGGAAGUUGAAGGCUGAGAAUGGCUAUGUUCCUGAUGUUGAUGAGCUCGAAGGAUUGGUGAAGGCUAAUACCAAGCUCCUCGUCCUAAACAACCCCAACAACCCGACAGGUGCUACCAUCCCAACUCCAACCCUUCAAUCCAUCCUCGACUUUUGUUCUGCCCGUAACAUCACUAUCCUUUCGGACGAAGUUUACUCUCCCCUCUUUCACUCUCUUCCCGCAUCAUCCUCCUCCGCCACCACCUCAACAGCGCCUCCAUCCAUCCUGUCGUUGUCCCCUUCCGGAACAGCAAAGACCUGCGUAACCCUCUCUACAGGCUCCACCUCCAAGGCACUCGCCCUCGCCGGUCUCCGCCUCGGCUGGAUCGUCUCCCGCUCUCCCUCCCUCCUCCGCGCCAUCGCUUCUGCCCGCGAUUACACCGCCAUCAGCGUCUCGCAGCUAGAUGACCAGGUAGCCAGCUACGCGCUCAGUCCUUCGGUGCUGCCGGCGCUUCUGGAGAGAAAUUUGGAUCUGGCUAGGACGAAUCUGGCGUUGCUUACCGAGUUCGUGGAGGGAAAGUAUAGCAAGGUUUGCUCGUGGGUUAGGCCGACGGCGGGGACGACGGCUUUGGUGCAAUUUCGGAAUCUGAGCAAGGGCGGAGUACCGGUUGAUGAUGCUACUUUUGUGUUGGAUGUCUUGGACAAGACGCAUGUCCUGUUUAUGCCUGGGAGUCCUUGCUUUGGGCUUGGGACGGAGUUCAAAGGGUAUGUUAGGAUAGGCUAUGCUUGCGAGACGGAGGUGUUGAAAAGGGGUUUGGAACUGAUGGGUCAAUAUGUAGAGGAACACCUGCUUUGACGAAGGGUGGCUUACAGGCUAGCGAAAUUGAUGUUCCUAGAAGCCAGUCAAUGAACUCAUCUUGGGAGCGUACCGAAACAUGGAAAUUUGACACCAGGGGAUUGCUAUAGUCUGACAUCUUACCUGGUUUGACCCCAUCCUGGGAAACUACAUGAUCCGAACACCACUAGCAUACUCAGUAAAUACAAACCGCCAUACACAG